UCCCUUGCCCUCCUUCCCAGGUCCCCCGGCUCAUCCUCCCCUCCUCGCGGCUCCCUCCAGCCCGAUUCGCCUCCUUCCAGCUGGCUCCAGCUUCCUGCACUUGCAUCCCGGCUCCCUCCUUCCAACUCGGUUGCUUCCCACAAUAUGAAAGGAAAGGGGCAAGUUGGGAAGCGGGGGAAUGGGGAAGGUGGGUGGAAGCAACUGAUUAUUGACUGGCUUGUUGAGGGGAAAAAACAGGCUGUAACUCGGAGGAAAUCCUGUGGCUUCAGUUUUUCUGACUGAAAACUGGCAGCUCAGCUGGCCUGGCUGUGUGCGAAGGGCUCUUGAAAGCCACCUCUGUAUCAGUGCAAGGAUGAGAGCAAAUUAUAUAAGCUUCUCUUUUUUAAAAAAAAAAAAAGUUGUUCUUCUCAGGUUUCAGUAGUGUCAGGCGGGUGAAUUGUGACUUUGUUUCGCCCUGUAAGUCAGGGUGUUGUUGUUAUUCCUAGGGAUGGGACUGUAUGCCUGUGCAUGCUUCUUCCACAUCUGUGUGCCUCCAUUGGUUCCCUAGAGCUGAUCGUCUCAAUUUAUGGAUAGGUCAUUGUAUCUCUGUGAUCAAUUUACCACAUAUUUACUUAAACUAGAUAAAAUAAGUGACAAAAAACGUGCGUGCAUGCCUAUGUAUCCCUUGAGUGAAUCUCAAUAUUAACGUAGUGGUAGCUGUAUGCGUCGAUGCUAUAGAUAAAUAUACAUUGAAUGUGGGCACUGCUUUUUGUGCCAGCAGCUUCAUCCUUUCUAUAUUGUGCUAUCCCAACUCAGAUUUUUGGGCAUGCAUAACGUCAGCCUUUUUGUUUAACAUUCCUGAAAUGCACGGCAACAUGUGAGCAGUGCAGGACUGAGGAGAGUAAAUAUUCUUUAUCUUUGUUCAGGAGCCUAAGGUUGCUUGCUGAUCGCAAGAAGAUGUUUCUGUGGCUCUUUCUGGUUCUGUCAUCUCCAGUUUCUUCUACAACUGCAGAUGCUGAUAUAUCUGUGGAAAUUUGCAAUGUUUGCUCCUGUGUGUCAGUUGAGAAUGUACUCUAUGUCAACUGUGAGAAGGUUGCAGUCUACCGACCAAAUCAGCUUAAACCACCGUGGUCUAAUUUUUACCACCUCAACUUUCAAAACAACUUGCUAAUUGUUCUAUAUCCAAAUACCUUUCUUAAUUUUACACAUGCAGUGUCCUUGCAACUGGGUAAUAAUAAAUUACAGAACAUUGAGGGAGGAGCAUUCCUGGGUCUUAGUGCAUUAAAGCAGUUGCACUUGAAUAACAAUGAAUUAAAGAUUCUCCGAGCUGAUACCUUCCUUGGCAUAGAGAACUUGGAGUAUCUCCAAGCUGACUACAAUUUAAUCAAGUUUAUUGAACGGGGAGCCUUCAAUAAGCUUCACAAGCUGAAAGUCCUCAUCCUUAAUGACAAUCUGAUUUCAUUCCUUCCUGAUAAUAUUUUUCGAUUUGCUUCUCUAACCCAUCUGGAUAUACGAGGGAAUCGAAUACAGAAGCUUCCAUACAUUGGAGUUCUGGAACACAUUGGGCGAAUUGUCGAAUUGCAGCUGGAAGACAACCCUUGGAAUUGUACUUGUGAUUUGUUGCCUUUGAAAGCGUGGCUGGAGAACAUGCCUUAUAACAUCUACAUUGGCGAAGCUAUCUGUGAGACACCUAGUGACUUGUAUGGAAGGCUGUUGAAAGAAACCAACAAGCAAGAGCUGUGCUCCAUGGGGACGGGGAGCGACUUCGACGUGCGCGUUCUGCCUCCCUCACAGCUGGAGCCCGGCUACAGCAUACCUAAUGGCCACACUACGCAGACAUCAAUGCACAGAUUAGUCACAAAGCCUCCAAAAACUACAAAUCCUUCUAAGAUCUCGGGGAUAGUAGCAGGCAAAGCGCUAUCUAAUCGCAAUCUCAGUCAAAUUGUAUCUUAUCAGACGAGGGUGCCUCCUCUAACGCCUUGUCCAGUCCCCUGUGUUUGCAAAACACAUCCUUCUGACCUGGGAUUAAGUGUAAAUUGCCAGGAAAGAAAUAUAGAGUCAAUGGCCGAGCUCGUACCAAAGCCCUUAAACGCCAAGAAACUGCAUGUAAAUGGCAAUUAUAUUAAGGAUGUGGACACCACAGAUUUCACUGAGUUCGAGGGGCUGGAUUUACUACAUUUAGGCAGCAAUCGGAUUUCAGUAAUCAAAGCAGAAGUUUUCCGCAACCUUACAAAUUUACGGAGAUUGUAUCUCAAUGGCAAUCAGAUAGAGCGUCUGAGCCCAGAAAUGUUUGCUGGCCUCCACAAUUUGCAAUAUCUGUAUUUGGAAUACAAUGUUAUCAAAGAAAUCUUAGCAGGCACUUUUGACUUAAUGCCAAAUUUGCAGUUGCUCUACCUGAACAACAAUCUCCUGCGAAGCUUGCCAGCGUACAUUUUUACUGGUGCACCGCUUGCUAGACUGAAUCUGAGGAACAAUCAUUUCAUGUAUUUACCUGUAAGUGGCGUUCUUGAUCAGCUAAAAUCUCUGACACAAAUUGAUUUGGAAGGUAAUCCAUGGGACUGCACGUGUGAUUUAGUUGCUUUAAAGCUGUGGCUUGAAAAACUAAAUGAAGGUAUUGUGGUGAAGGAGUUGAAAUGUGAAACACCUGUACAGUUUGCUAAUAUUGAACUGAAGUCUCUGAAAAAUGAGAUCCUCUGUCCUAAACUCUUAAACAAGCCAUCUGCUCUGUUCUCUAGUCCUGUGCCUGCUGUCACUUUUACAACACCGCUGGGACCAGUUCGGAGUCCUCCUGGGGGCCCAGUUCCACUGUCCAUCCUGAUUUUAAGCAUAUUAGUUGUGCUUAUUUUAACAGUGUUUGUUGCUUUUUGUCUUCUUGUUUUUGUGCUUCGGCGCAACAAAAAACCGACUGUAAAGCAUGAAGGGAUUGGAAACCAAGAAUGCAGUUCUAUGCAACUGCAGCUAAGAAAGCAUGAUCACAAAUCAAACAAAAAAGACGGACUAGGUGCGGAGGCCUUCAUUCCUCAAACCAUUGAGCAGAUGAGCAAAAGUCAUACCUGUGGCUUAAAGGAGUCUGAAACGGGCUUCACAUUUGCCGAUCCGCCAGGGCAAAAAGUAAUUCUGAGAAAUAUUAAUGACAAGGAGAAAGAUUUAUUGCAUGUGGAUACCAGAAAAAGACUUAGCACAAUUGAUGAACUGGAUGAAUUAUUCCCUGGGAGGGAUUCCAAUGUAUUUAUUCAGAAUUUUCUCGAGAGUAAAAAAGAAUACAACAGCAUAGGGGUCAGUGGCUUUGAAAUACGUUACCCAGAGAAACAACAAGACAAAAAAACUAAGAAAUCUCUAAUAGGUGGUAAUCAUAGUAAAAUUGUAGUGGAACAAAGAAAGAGUGAAUAUUUUGAACUAAAAGCUAAACUUCAGGGUUCACCUGACUACCUUCAAGUCCUUGAAGAACAAACAGCAUUGAAUAAAAUAUAGGUCAUGCAAUCUUAUUGCCUACAGAGGACAUUUAUUUAAUGAUGAAAGUGCCUUUUGUUGACUUUUAACUUCCAAAUACUAUAUUAUAUUGAUAGGCAUAGAGGCAGGUGUAUCCAAGGGUAUCUGAUUAACUGUAGCUGCAUAUGAUUUGUCAAGUAGAGGAGAAAUUCUUUAAUAGGUUUUACUACAUAAAGCUCGUGCCCUGUGGAAUCUUGUAGGGAUACUGCAAACUCUAUUGCCAAAGGGAUGCUUUAUACACGUUACACUGAAUUUAACCUCAAGAGGCAUAUAUGUUUUGUACCUUAAAUGCUAAACCUUCGUCUCCUUGUGAUUUGUUAGAGCAAACACAAGAAACCUGGUACUGAUGUUUGUACCUCAGCUGGGUCCUUCAUCCUGCACGUGGAUUUAAGUUGGUGGAACUGGAGUAAUCCUUUGAUUUAUGGUGUUGUAAUGGCACUGUUUAAAGAUUAUCUGAAAAGUAACAAGCAUGCAAAGAGAGAACAUUCGAUAGUAUGUGUAAAUUGGUUACAUUUAUGGCCUGCAUCUUGAAACCACUGGAAUUAUAAUGUUAAAUUGUGCAAAUAUUUGUUUAAAAUAUACCAUGCAUUACAUACCGAUGAAAUAAAUUUGACCACUUGAAACAUACCUGUCUAUACAUAAAAUUUAAAAAAAAAAAAAACCCAACUUUGCUUCUGCGGCAUUUGUGGUGAUCUGAAGAAAAUAUUUGAUGUUUAUGCAGAAUCUGUUGUAAGACUCAUCUCCAAUUAAAACUAGAGUUCCUUCUCAGUUACAUGGAACACUUGCAACCCUAACAGGUUGUCCAAAAUUGUCAAAGUGCUUACUGUGUGAGCGUAGCAGAAACUAUUUUUGUAAUAUAAUUCAUAUUUAUGAAAUACUUUGUAUACUAAGUAGGAAAAUAUGUACUCCUUAAUAUGUAUUUAAUAUGCUUGACUUGUUUCCCUGAUCACAAUGCAUUAAUCAUUCAAUAUAAAUAAAAACAGAACAAUAUACCAAACAGAAACUGGGGAUGUGAUGUAUAGAAUUAUCCAGAAUUAAGUGAUCAGGUAUAAUAAUAAUAAAAUUGUUCUGUAUUAUUCUUGUGAAAUUAGCAUAUGAUCUUAUUUCAGAUUUGUUACCAAUGGUGCAUUUUAAAAUAGAUUCGUUAGAUUUUUAGUAUUGUGUCUCAGGCAAUUACUUGCCAUCAGUUGUCUUGCUUUUCAGGGUUCUACAGCUUAAUCUAAAUAGUUUUCGCUACAAGUAUUUACAGGAAUUCAUGGUAAAGGGUAGUAUUUUAAUUAUAUAUGCAUCAAUUUCUGUUCUUACUAUCUGUCUGACUGCUCUCAGUCAGAAAAUCUGUCAGAACAGUAAACCAUAUGGCAAAUCACAUCUAUUUAAAACCACUCUGUAAAAUGAAUAUAGUGGUCUCAGUUCAGUUCAGAGUAUUGUGUAGUUCAUAUCUAUAGGGAGUAAAAACUUGCCUUUGUGAAAGCUGAUUCUGAAUAGCUAGGGAAAAAAAAGUAGUUGGGAGAAUGGAAAAUACCCACUUUAUCUCGCAGAUAGAUGGUAGCUUCAGAUGAGAGUAGAGAUGUACUGGUAAAGUAUCAUACAGAAAAUCUAUACUAUGAGAUUUAACAUAAGUUCAUUGAUGUGAACAGGAAUUUUUCCAUUCAUUUCAAUGAGUUUUGGAUAAGACCCUCUGUCGCCUUUACUUCCAGAUCCUUUUUUCUAUCCAUCUUCUAUAAUCAAUAAAUAAAUCAAUUAGGAUUAGUAGGGAAUAAGCAUGAAUGUUUUUCAUGAAUUUGAAACUAGCCAAUAUUACAGCAAGACCCACACUGCUGUGGGGAAGGCUGUAUCAGCUUUUGCCAUUGCAAACCUCUAAUUUCAGGGCUUUAUGACACUGCUGUAAAAUGUUUAUUCUGAACUGAUACUUGGCAAACAGGCUGGAGUAUAUUUUUUAACAAACUUAAAAAAAAAAUCGGAGCUUCUUUAUUUAAAAGAAAGUGAAAACAAAAAGACAUUUUCUACUUUCAGACACAUUUAUUUAUGCUCUUGUAACCUGGAAAGAGGGUUGUUUUAUUAUUUUCUCCAUAACACAAAGUAUAUAAAUGACUUCAGAUAAUAAAGUGAUAAAAAAUAAAUGGCUUUUAUCUUUCAAAAAGCUGCUGUUAUCCAUGCACAAUAAUUUACUUAAUUCAAAAUGUCAUAGGGAUUUUCAGGAGAUGGUUACUAUGCAUAUGUGCAUUUUGGCAUAGAAAGUUCCUAGCUGCCCGUUGAUGCAAUACAUUGCCAAGGCUUUAAAGAGAGCAUUUGAGCUUAUUGUUUCAGGAAUCUGUGGCUUAAGGGGUGCUGAAGGUACCCGGCCGUGAUGUCCUGUCGCGGCUCCGCAGGCAGCUGGGGCACAUGGGGUCGCUCGCCCCCACUCUGCCCUGGCUGCAGGCUUUGGGGAUGUGCCGAGGUGCACUGGGAUUUGCCAAGGCAUGAAGCUUGUGACACCCUUCGGCACACUGUCACAAGCUGUCGUGCUGUGUCCCAUGCCCUUCUGGUGAGAGGCAGUGUUAAAAAAGCAUAUCAAAAGAGCAAAUAAACUAAGAGUCUGAGGUGAUGUUAAAACUUAUGUGCUUAUGAUUGGUGUUGCCCUGAGUUAAAAGAACAGUUGGCAAGCGACCGUACCUUCCUCAGCUAGACAAAUUGAGUUUGUUUUCCUCUCUUCUUGUGGUGAAGUCUUCUAUUUGCUGAUUAAGAGAGGAAGAACUGUACUGUUAUACCUAUGUCGGGUCAGAUUUUCCUGCUCAUUGAGGUCCUAAACUGGUAGAGCGUUUCAGCUUAACCUAAUCAUAUGCCAUGGUAUUAGUCAUGAGCUUAAAAUGAAAUACUUGCUCAAGAGAGGCUCUUUGGUGAGGCUUUGUCGUUGGCUUCAAAAGGAGCAGGCACAGAAACGUUACUAUGUGUAAUAAUAAUCCAUAGAGCCCAGUUGUCUAACCACACACCAGUGAUUGCUUUUCUCCCGUGAGUUGUCCAGUGACUCUUUUGGGAUUAUGCAGUUGAGUGUAGGUUCACCAGCAUCAAUAAAGGUUGCACAGCCUGGACCUUCCCAUAGAAAUUGUUCCGUAGUGUUUUACAUGUAUGGUGCAAUAUGUAGGCCUAAUAAUGUGAGUAAAGAAUGCAGAAGCUGGCAAAACACUAUUUCUGUAAUAUUGUUACUUUGAAUGACAACCUUAAUGUCAAUUUAUUUCCUCCAUGUUUUGAGACAGUGUAUGUGUCUAUACAGCAGUUUUAAUGUGAUGUCCAUUCAAAUCUACGGUGAGUCUAUCAUCUGGAAAAGUGACUCUUUGAUGUGGCUCAACAGACAGACCUUCCUGCUCGUUAUAUUGAUUUGAGUGGCCAUGCUUGUAAAAUGGCUGUUAAGACCCAUAGACAUGAACUAAAUCAGUGAAGGUGUUAACAUAAUCUGUUGUGUUCAUUGUAUUAUAAAGAAGUUUACAUUUUUAAAAAUGAAAUCAAUAAAGUAUAAUCAUUUCCUUGAAAAAGAAAAAAUUUGUGCAGUUUUGUCAGAAAGCAACUAUUAUGGUGCCAGAACGCAAGGCCAGUAGACAAUUUACAUCUUACGUUUAGUGUUCCAGAUUAACAGGAAAUACAUUUGAAAUCUAAUAUUACAAAAUCUUUUUUUACCAUGAUUUUUUUUUUUUGAAAAAAGCCAUAAGGACAGUAUAAAUUAUGAACAGCAUGGCCUUGUGAAUACUGUUAACAAAUGUUUCGGAGUUAACAAAACACACCCAGAACUUGAUCGUGGUAUAAUAUCUAUAAUAUCUUUUGCAUGAUUUGUACAUUGAUAUUGUAUGAAAUGAGCACAGUGAGUUUUUUUUUUUUUGGUUGCAUCCAAAGAAGUGGGAA